AGGCUAGACUGGCCCGAGUUGCGGUCUGGACGUUAGAAGGCGGAUCCAGAACGGUAGGGACGAGGUCUUGGCCGGCUGAAGGCGGGGUCUGGCAGGCAGGAGGCGGGGUCAAGGCUGGCAUUCGCUGGCUGUGCUCCUGGCAGCUGCAAGCCUGGGCGUCACCAUGGCAGCAGGAACGCCGCACCGCUAAGCCUGAGCAAGUGCAGGCCAGUCCAGCUGAGCGCAGGACAAAGAUGCUGAACCUGACAAGCAGAUCGUUUAAGAGGUGGUCCUGACUCGACUCUUCUGGGGACUCUGAAGAUGGGGACUCAAGUGGUUAUGAGAUUCUGUAACUCCUUCCUGCCUGCAGUGCCCUCUCAACAGCUUCAGGCCUAUGUGGCCUGGGUGAACGCCCAGCUGAAGAAGAGGCCGUCGGUGAAGCCUGUGCAGGACCUACGACAGGAUCUCCGAGAUGGGGUGAUCCUGGCCUAUCUCAUCGAGAUUGUUGCAGGAGAAAAGUUGAGUGGGGUGCAGCUGAGUCCCAGUAACCAGCAAGAGAUGAAGAGUAAUGUGGAGAAAGUGCUGCAGUUUGUGACUUCCAAAAAGAUUCGUAUGCACCAGACUUCAGCUAAAGAUAUUGUGGAAGGAAACCUGAAGUCCAUCAUGAGGCUGGUCCUUGCCUUGGCAGCUCAUUUUAAACCUGGUUCUAGCAGGACAGUGAGCCAGGGAAGGGACUCCAGAGCCACUGUGCAGAGUCACCAACCGCACUGUGCCACUGCUAUGGCCCAAGGAGCAGCUGCUGCUCUGGCUGACGUGUGCCAUGACAUGUCACGGUCAGGACGGGAUGUCUUCCGAUACAGACAGAGGAACAGCAGCAUGGAUGAGGAAAUCGAGAACCCAUACUGGAGUGUGCGGGCGCUGGUGCAGCAAUAUGAAGGGCAGCAAAGGUCCCCAUCUGAGUCAAGCUGCUCCAGCCUGACUUCACCCAGUCCAAUCCACAGUGCAAAGAGUGAAUCCAUUAUAACCCAGUCGGAGGAGAAGGCAGAUUUUGUGAUUCUUCCCUCUGAAGGAAUUGAGAAUAGAACAGAGGAGACAGACUCUCCAUUAUCCCGAGACUGGAGGCUGACGAGCCCAGGAACCUGUCUAGAGACCUCGUGGGAAGAACAGCUGUUGGAGCAACAAGAACAUUUAGAAAAAGAAAUGGAGGAAGCAAAGAAAAUGAUAUCGGGACUCCAGGCCUUACUGCUCAAUGGAUCCUUACCUGAAGAUGAACAGGAGAGACCCUUGGCCCUCUGUGAACCAGGAGUCAAUCCUGAGGAACAGCUGGUUAUAAUCCAGAGUCGUCUGGAUCAGAGUAUGGAGGAGAAUCAAGACCUUAAGAAAGAGCUGCUGAAAUGCAAACAAGAAGCCAGAAACUUGCAGGGGAUAAAGGAUGCUUUGCAGCAGAGGUUGACUCAGCAGGACACAUCUGUUCUUCAGCUCAAACAAGAACUCCUAAGAGCAAAUAUGGACAGAGAUGAGCUGCAUAACCAGAAUGUGGAUCUGCAGAGGAAGCUAGAGGAGAGGAACAAGCUAUUAGGAGAAUAUAAAAAAGAACUGGGACAGAAGGAUCGCCUCCUUCAGCAGCAGCAGGCCAGGUUGGAAGAAGCACACCGGAAACUCUCGGAUGCCAGUUACCAGCAGGUGGAUCUAGAACGGGAGCUAGAACACAAAGACGUCCUUUUGGCUCACUGUAUGAAAAGAGAGGCAGAUGAGGUGACCAACUACAACAGUCACAGCUCUCAAAGCAAUGGCUUUCUCCUUCCAGUGACAGGGAAGGGUGCUGCUUCUGUCACCCACAGAGGGACUAGUGACCUCCAGCUCGUCCGAGAUGCUCUCCGGAGCCUGCGAAACAGCUUCAGUGGCCAUGAUCCUCAGCAUCACACCAUUGACAGCUUGGAGCAAGGCAUCUCUAGCCUCAUGGAGCGCCUGCAUGUCAUGGAGACACAGAAGAAACAAGAAAGGAAGGUUCGGGGCAAGUUGCCCAGAACUCAGGCAAGUACUGAAUACCGGGAGUCCUGGCCCCCUAAUUCAAAGUUGCCUCACUCACAGAGUUCUCCGACUGUCAGCAGCACCUUCACUAAAGUGCUCUAUUUCACUGACCGGUCACUUACGCCCUUCAUGGUCAAUAUACCAAAGAGGUUGGGGGAGGUGACAUUGAAGGAUUUUAAAGUAGCUAUUGAUCGAGAGGGGAGUCACCGAUAUCACUUCAAAGCACUGGAUCCCGAGUUUGGCACUGUCAAAGAAGAGGUUUUCCAUGAUGAUGAUGCCAUCCCUGGAUGGGAAGGGAAAAUUGUAGCCUGGGUAGAAGAAGACCUUGGAGAGAAUUAAUGCUGAACCUGGACACUCCCUGGCUGCUUCUCUCAGGAAAGAGGACUAAAACCAGCAUACACUAAGAAGUUUCUAAUAUGCACUGCCAAACAGAAGCUUCUUCAAGUGUGGCGGUCACAGGCCGGUCCUGUUUUGUGCCUGGCCUAUCUGGUACUUAAAAUCCCUGUCCCAAUGUAGACCAUGGAUUCAUCUGGAGUUCCUUGUCUGUGGGAACAGUGUUUUAUUCUGCUCUGAGGACAUCAAACCGAAGGCCUUAACCAACUGGGGAUGGAUGAUCCUGCUCCUGUGGGGGCAUAGCUGCUGUUAUCUGGAGCCUGGAAUUGGAUGUGUCACUCCUUUGUAUUACAGUGUUAGUUUAAUUGGCCUCAGUGGUUGCAGCAAUCAGAGUCACAGCAUCCGUGCUCACAGACAAGGCAAAGGUACCAACAUUAAUGUUUCUUCACAGGUAUUGCAAACCAAGAGUAACUCAUGAGGUGGUACCAAAGAGGAAAGCCACUCAUAUCCACUGAUGUGGACAUGGAUGGUGCUGACUUGUUGAUUGGAUGGAAAAAGGGCUGCCCAUAUUGUGUUAUACUAUGCUAAAACCACAAUUAAGACCUUGGGCUGCCUCUUCUGGUCUUAACUGGUUCUACAGCUUGUCCUUUAGCCCAUUAAGGGCAUUUUUCAUGUACUGCUGGUUUUCUCUGGGGACUCUUUAACUUUAGAGCCAUUUAUUUUUCUUCAAACUGAUGAACUUUGUAUUUGAAAGGUAUAAGGAGAGGCUCCUUAAAAUCCAGGCGGGUACGGAAAGGUGCUGCUACCCAUAUCUUCUUGACUCUGUCUCAUGACUCUCGUGGCAUCUCCUUUGAAGUUAAAAGGAGACAGACCAUUUUGUGUUUCCUUGUGACUUGGCGUACUAAGCAUGACUUACUGGUCUGCCUUUCAUUUCAAGGCUGGAGUUAUUUUCUAUUACAUAGUCUAGGCUGAUCCUUUAGGGCAUAAUAAAACCCACAUGGCAUGGAGCAUGAGUUGUGAAUGGCAGGGUUGAUUCUAGGUGAAGAAACCUAAAAUCAUUUCUCAUGUGCAACACUGUCAAGUGUAGAGGCUAAAGAGUUCAGCUUCCAGAGGUUGCUCAGUAACUUGGGGUUUCUCGUUCAUUCACAUAGCACCAUCAACCAAUCAGCCAUUAUUAUUUAUAUAUUCCCUGAAAGCAGUCUCUGACCACCAAUGUACACUGCCAAAUGGAAGAGUGGGGCAGAUAGAUCAGUUCUGGGUUCUUGAUCUGCCUGUCUCUGUUCAUCUCCCAUCUUCAGCCAUUUGAACAGACUACUCUUUGGAACUCUGAGAUAACAUCUUAUUGUUUUAUACAGACAUGUCUUUUAAGAAUAGUUCAUGUUUGGAGAAUUGUUUUGUACCCAUUUGCUUUUGUCUGAGAACCAUGUCUAUUUUUAUAACUUAAGUGUGACUUCUAUAUAAUCUCACAUUCUGAAUACUGUGCCCAUUUUCUAGAGAACCCAGUAGCUUUUAUACAGUCUCUUCUUACCACUUCUUGUGGUUUCAGAGCAAGCUUUAUUUUAUUAUGAGUAUACUGAUGACAAUUAAUCCCUGUUCAUUUCUAUCUGCUGUCUUAGAUAUGGAGGUAGUUUUAUGUAAUCUAGUUGACUGCUCUUCUAAAAGACAGGAGUUCAAAAGACCUACUGUCUUUCAUGUAAGUUUACCUGGUCUUCUAUUCAAAAAUGAUUUUGCAUCAGAUAUAACUGGAAAAGUUUGGGAAAGUCAGCCAUAAGCAAGAAUAACCCACUAUGAAAGCCAACAGAAAAAAAAGUGUAUUUUCCAUUUUUACCCAAGAAGUCUGGAGAAAAAGAAAAGUCUGUAUGUCACCAAUUUCUCUGUUGCAUGAAUUUCAAUGUUGUGCUAUAUAAAAGCAUGAAGGUUAUCAGGCUAAAAUUUGUUACUGUAGUCCUGGUACAAUUUAUCUUGACUGUAUGUCUCUUAAAUCAGCUUUUCCAUGUCAGUUUUCUUCCAGCAGUCUUACCAUAUUAUGUGGAAUUUAACUUUUCAGAGAAAAUUAAAUCAGAGCAAAAAACUU